UGCAGAUCUUCCAAGAAUCACCCAUGUCACUACUUCACCCCUGGUCAGGACGGGACAAAAUGUGAGCCUUAAUUGCAUGGCCAGCAGUUUUUCUCCUGUUGAUGUCACGUGGUACAAAGGGAAUAAUUUCUUGACUGAUGGUAUGUCUGAGGCGGUGCUAACACUGAAGACCAUCACAGAUAAGGACUGGGGCGAGUUCCUAUGCGUUGCUAAAAAUUCUGCAGGAGAAGAUAAAAGGAGUGUUAUCCUCAAAGUUCUCCCCGAGAGCCCAACAAUAUUGAACACAAAUAAGAUGGUGUACAACGUCAGCUGGACCCUGCAAUGGUCACCAGUUUACAGUGAAGGACACUUGGUGACGUUAUACACAGUGAGGCAUUCAAAAGACACCACGACACGUGAGAAACCAUGGUUACACGAGAAUGUUACUGGUCUUUUGUUCCGCAUAGAGCUUACCGCUGACACGUCUUACUUGUUCGCUGUAACAGCUUGGAACAGAUGGGGCGAGAGUUUAUUGGAAAGAGGAAAAAUAUUGUCCAUAACAACAGACUUUCCAGCUAGGAUUACACAGGAAACAGCCAAAACAAUCACUUUUCUUCAUACAGGUAAGGAUAACUGAACACUGAUUUGAAAACGGAUUUGCGGAACUUGAUCCUCAAAACCUGGAAUACCAACUCAACCCAAGCCUAGAUUUUACGGAUCACUACACUGUUAGU